AUGGAUUGGCUGGCCCCCUUGCAGACCUUUGGCACGUCAUAUCUGUAUCCCGCGCUUAAGCUGUUGUCGAGGAUGUGCUACCUUGUCACGAUACCUCUACACUAUCCCAUAUACUACCUCCUUUCUCUAGUCGUGUUUCUUCUAUCCCCUAUCUGGCACAUGCUUCAUGCUGUCUCGAACGCUGGCCUGGCUGUUGUGGGUUUAUUCCCUAAGCUUAAGUACCUCUAUAUCUAUCUCGCCUGCGCAGCUGUUUUAGGCAUAUGUGCUGGAUGCGUAUUGCAUGGAAUGUCAAGCUUUAUCUUUGUCUCGCUAGGCGUUGAUUCGUCACAGGAUCAAGAUUCAGACUAUCGAAGAUCCAAUCUGGCAGCCUUUGGUGAUGAUGAGCUGGAUUUUGACAUAACAGAAUCCGGGACGCGAUCAGAGGGGAGCUCUAGCAUACUAUCUGGGCCGAACGUACCCACAAGGCGUGCAAAACCAAAGCAGGGCAAGGAUGAUGAGUACGAGUUUUUUGAGAAGCAGUGGAAUCAGUUGAGGUCUCCUAAUAAGCCGAUGCGACGACGUAGGGGAUUGCUUUCCCAGACGAUCCAUGAAGAAAGUAGUAGCGAUCUUACUUGA